AUGAAGUCAGCUAUCUUCUCCUCUGCUAUUGCUAUCUUCGCUACAUUGGCCACUGCUCUCCCCACCGCUGCCCCGGCGGGGAGCCCUGCACCCCCCCAAGUUCAAGUCCUGCAAGUGAUCAACUCCAGCGCAGUGGUCAACAUCAACGAGGACACCCCCAACGCCGCCCUCGGCAUUAGCGUCACAGGAAUCGUCUCUCGUACCAACAACGGACACAACUCCCAAGCCCUUGUCAAGUUUGAUUUCCCCGCAGGCCUUAGCGGGUAUAAGUGUCGAUUGGCAUUCGGCUCCCCUGCCCACUUCGGCGGCAGCGGGGAGAUCCAAAUGUACACCAUUGGGGACGCGAAUAUCGCGAGCGCCACCUUCAGCCAGAGACCUUUCAGGGAUCAGUUUAAGGGUAGUUUCCGUGUUACCGGGUGGGGUGAAGCUGAGGUUGUUGAUGGUUCUGGAUUGACUUUUGAUUGCCCGACUCAGGGGGCUAAGACAUAUGAGGUUGUCUCUGUUGGUGAUAACAACGAGGUUGUUUGGUAUGCGGCUUGGGGUGGAUUGAGAAUUGAUGUUUUGUAA